CAGUGUUUUGGCUACUCGUCACUGCUGACGCUCGAGCUGAACUAAUUUUCCUUCGGCUUCCCUGUCAUCUCUGACUGGCCUUGCUUGCUGCUGCCAUCUUGCAUGCUCUUGUUUAUUAACAGCGCCAUAAUUUUACUUGCGAAAGGCAUAAUUUUUCCUGUUCGUAUCACCGCUGGAGGCAGUUGUAGUAUCACCGGCUGACAGGUUUGAUAUGGAAGCCCUUCCUCCUACCUUGACAUCUGCUUCUGAGCAGCCACCUCUCUAUGAUGGCACAACCAGAGCUGCAGAUUGUAUAUGUCCUACGUUUGCCCGUAUGCGCAACGGGCAUGGAUCACGAGGAAUUACAAGGGUUUGCAGGAGAAGAUCAAGCUAGUCCCUAUGAACAUGGCAGAUAAGCCUGGAUGGUAUAAGGAGGUUUACCCCAACAAUCAGGUGCCUUCGUUGGAGCACAACAAGAGGGUCAUAGGAGAGAGCUUGGAUCUGAUAAAGUACAUCGAUAGCAACUUCGACGGACCCAAACUUACCAUCACCGACGAUCCUGAAAGGCAAAGGUUCGCAGAAGAGCUGCUGGGGUAUUCAGACGCUUUCAACCGGGCGUUUCUCGACGCGCUUAGAUCUGAGGGGGCCAUGACCACUGAAGCUGUUGCUGCUCUGGACAAAAUCGACAGCGCCCUGUUAAAAUUCGAUGAUGGCCCUUUCUUCCUUGGCCAACUUAAUCUGGUGGACAUUGCAUACGCACCAUUCAUCGAAGGUUUUCAGAUAUUUUUUGCUGGCAUGAAGAAUUGUGACAUCACCCAAGGGAGAGUUCACAUACAGAAAUUCAUCGAGGAAAUGAACAAGAUUGACGCGUGCACGCAGACCAAGCAGGACCCUCAAGUGCUGCUUGCUCUCACAAAGAAGAAGUUUGGGAUUUAAGGAUGCAUGAAGCACCUGAUCUGAGCUCCACAAAUGGAUCUUCGUACGAAUAAAAUGAAGGAGAGUCCGUUUUGAAUUGGGAAUAAUCAGGACGAGUUGAACAGCUUGACAGUUGAAUGCUGUCAGUGUUCUCGAGCAUGAUAAACUGUAAAGACUUCGCUAUUUUAUUUAGGUUUAAUAAUGACUAUUAAACCUGGCGAGUAAAGCUUCAGCUCCAAUUGUCCAUGUCA